UACGUGAGGCAGGGCCGGGAGGCUCGGCGUGCGCACGAGCACCUCAUACAGCUGCUACUAGAGCAGGGCAAGUGUCCAGAGGAUGGCUGGGAUGAAAGUACACUUGAAGUCUUUCUUCAUGAACUUGCAAUCAUGGAUAGCAACAAUUUCUUGGGUAAUUGUGGUGUGGGAGAAAGGGAAGGGAGAGUGGCCUCUGCUUUGGUUGCUCGUCGUCAUUACAGGUUCAUCCAUGGAAUUGGACGAUCUGGUGAUAUUUCUGCUGUGCAACCAAAAGCUGCAGGCUCUAGCCUCUUGAACAAAAUUACCAAUUCUUUGGUGCUUGAUGUCAUAAAGCUGGCCGGUGUUCAUUCUGUGGCCAAUUGCUUUGUAGUUCCUAUGGCAACCGGUAUGAGUCUAACUUUGUGUUUUUUAACAUUACGACACAAAAGACCAAAGGCCAAGUAUAUCAUAUGGCCACGGAUAGACCAGAAGUCCUGCUUUAAGUCCAUGGUCACUGCAGGCUUUGAACCUGUGGUGAUAGAAAAUGUUUUGGAAGGCGAUGAGCUGCGCACUGACCUGAAUGCAGUGGAGGCUAAAGUCCAGGAACUCGAGCCUGAUCAUAUUCUGUGCAUUCAUUCUACUACAUCCUGUUUUGCUCCACGGGUGCCUGAUAGAUUAGAAGAACUGGCUGUGAUUUGUGCUAAGUAUGACAUUCCGCAUGUAGUCAACAACGCUUAUGGAUUACAGUCUUCCAAGUGCAUGCAUCUCAUUCAGCAGGGGUCUCGGGUUGGUAGAAUCGACGUUUUCGUUCAGAGCUUGGACAAAAAUUUUAUGGUUCCAGUAGGUGGUGCUAUAAUUGCUGGCUUUAAUGAUUCCUUCAUUCAGGAAAUCAGCAAGAUGUAUCCAGGAAGAGCUUCAGCUUCACCAUCCUUAGAUGUCCUUAUCACCUUGUUGUCACUUGGCUGCAAUGGCUACAAGAAGCUGUUAAAGGAAAGAAAGGAAAUGUUUGUAUAUUUGUCCACUGAACUGAAGAAGUUGGCAGAGGCCCACAAUGAAAGACUGCUACAGACAUCUCACAACCCUAUAUCUUUAGCUAUGACACUUGGGACACUAGAUGGACAACAUGACAAAGCUGUCACUCAGCUUGGCUCAAUGCUUUUUACCAGACAAGUUUCUGGAGCCAGGGCUGUGCCUCUUGGGUCUGUGCAAACUGUGAGUGGCUACACUUUCCAAGGCUUCAUGUCCCACACAGAUAAUUACCCUUGUGCUUACCUCAAUGCGGCAGCAGCCAUUGGGAUGAAGACACAGGAUGUUGACUUGUUCAUAAAGAGACUUGAGAAGUGCUUAAACACAGUAAGAAAAGAACAAAAUAAAGCAAGUGUAUCUGGAGUUGACGAUUAUGACAGAACUGGAGAUGUGGACAUUGAGGAAAUGGCUUUGAAACUAGAUAAUGUGCUUGGUGACAAGGACCAAUGACCUUCUUCAUGAUAAAGGUUUCUUUUUGCUACAGUUCAUAUAAGCACUUUAAAGGAUAUAUGUAAAGUUUUUGAAUUGAGAAUUUUAUAAAGAAUGUUCUCUCAAGGAAAAGACUGGUCUGAGUGUAGCCAUUGGUGAUUGCUGCUUUUUUAUCCUUAAGAAUACUUCAGUCCUUAUGAUUCUUAACAGGUUAUAAAAUGCAGUUGCAGUGAACUUUUUCUGAUUGUUAUAUUAGUUAACCAACACAAUUCAGAUGAUUCUUACUAAUAUAAAUUGUAAAGUUACCUGUAAUUCUCAUUGAAAUACAGAGUUCUUCUUAGCCAUUCUCCAGCAUUCAAAGAUUUCUUUUGUUUCUUAUCACAUGAAUUGAGAAAGAUGUUUCUAGUGUUGCUAAAUACUAGAUGUUUGUUUAGCUGUCUCUUUGCCUAUAAAAGGGAUUCCUCAAGGAAGCAGAGCCAAGACAUAGACUAUAUAAACUUAAGGGCAGUUGUUCUUAACUGGGAUGGCUUGAUUAUAUAUAAGCAACAUAUAGACCCAAACUGGUACUAGUGACAUUAAAUGGUAGAAAUCAGCAGUUUUGCUCAACAUCUUACCUACUGCCCAACACAUGAUUUCCGAAAAAGAAUUCUCCAAAAUGUCAGUAGUGAUGUGGGUCAAGGAAAUGAGCUCCUCAGUAAAGUUGCUUUAUGCAGCAUCUUGGUUAUGUGCUGCCUGAUGGCAUUGUUAUUGGUGGUGGGCUUCAUGGAAGUCAGUGGUCCCAUUAGAUAUGAUGCCUCUCUUGGUUUGUUCAGUAUGUAUCAUGCUGUUCACAUAUGUAAAAAAUCAGCUAAUUAUACAUUUGUAGACCAUAUCUCAGUGACAUGUGACUGCAUAUCAAAAAAGAUAGCUCUGUGAAUGUUACCAAGUCUACUGCAUAGAGACAGCCAGAAUCACUAGUUCUAAACAAGUGGUUAUAAAUUGUUUUAUAUAGAACCUGCUCAUUUUUCCAUUUGGGCAACUGAAAACUUCCCCAUGCUGUCUUGGCUUUAAGCAGCCUUUGUGAACUGACUGGUUCACUGAGGUAGUAUGUUCGGCCACCAUCAGAACUAAUAUGCCUGGCUUUGAACAUGUUCUUGCUAAGGAGGUCAAAAUUAUACAGUACUGCAAACCCAUGUUUUAUAUAUAGGCAGAAAGAGAAUAUAUAGGUUUGCAGUACUCUGUGUAUGCGUGCGUGCGUGCGUGCGAGAGAGAGUGUGUGUGUGUGUGUGUGUGUGUGUGUGUCUAAGUGUCUGAAAUUAUAGACUCAAUGGCUCUAACAGUGGUUUUUGUUAAUUUAAAACAAAAACAGACUGGGGAAUUAAUGAAGCCUCUUGAAAAUGCCACUAUGAAAAUGCCAAAGCCAUAUCUCUCAGACCUGCUCUGUGGAGUGUCAUUCCACUCAAGACAUACUCACGGGGAAAGGUCCAUGGAGAAAUAAUUUGGGGAAAUGUCUUUGUAGAUUUGCUCAUAGUGUAUUAAAUGCUGCAAGAGAAAGGUUGGCCUGCUUUUCCGAAGAGAAACCAGUUUUCUGAACUGAAACACUCAUUAAUGUUUCCUGAAACAUACUCUUCCAACACAAUGAGCCAAAUGCAUUGACCUCCAGAUUCUAUUGCUUGUAUUAGUGCCACUGACCUGUGUAUGAAAAACGGUCUUUCUUGUGCAUGAUCUUAGAGGGUAAAGGUGAGUUCAGCCAGAUGCUGAGUAUUGGGCUAUGGGAGCCACAGAUGCCCAUGGAAGUCAAGGCUGGCUGGCUGGAGAUAAAGAGCUCUUCCAGGUAUCUAAGUGAUUCCUAAAUGUAUUCUACACUCUGUGGGCCAGACACUGAAAUGGCUCUUAAGUCUAUAGUGACUGGUUACAUGGUAGUAAAUCCUGUAUUGAAAAGGUAUGUGCUGUUUUUGUGGUGGAUGCAAGUCUGCACUAUAGACCUGAUGAAGCUACAGAAGCCCGGUCUCCAUGGAGCCCAGGAGGGUCAGAUAAUGCUAUCAAUGGAAAUGCUGGCAGUGCAGCUUCCUACGCAUCAGGCCAAUACGAUUUUCUAGAACAAGUGAUCUAUAUUGUGUGAUCAUCAUUUUGUUUAAGAAAGGCCAGAGUCCAGAGACUGAAGAUGCUUCCUCAUCUGCCGAGUAUCAGCAGUUCUUGGCUUCAGCUGCUGAAUGGAUAAUAAUUCUAAUUGAAGAUAAAUUACGUGAGCUCACAUGUGAAUGAUAGAUAUGGUAUAACAUUUAUUCCUGGUGCAUAAAAUCUGCUGCAGUUUGGUUAUUAACACUUUCCCUUUUAAGUAGUUUUAAAUUCCAGCUGUUCUUCCUGGCUCCAAGCUUGACCCUAAAGUCACAGAACUCAGUUUUUUAAAAGGAUAGAAUAGUUCUUUGUUUUCAGACUUGCCUUCUCCCUCAACCCUAUGGAACUUACUAAUUCCUUCCUGUUCACAUAUGCAUUUUAAAAGGACUGUACCUAAGUAUCGGCCAUGAAACAUUUACACUGCUUGGGAUGCUUUAUGAUCUGCCUUUGGUGCCUUAGACUGUGGCAGUGGAGGACAGCAUUCCAGUUGUUGCCUAAGACACUGCUACUAUCUUCCUGGCCCAGUUCCUCUUAUGAAUAAGGCAUAAGGUAGAUUUUGGAGGUUGGUUUUUAAAGUCAUUGCGCUGGACUAGUCUGCUUAGAGAAGAAAACUGAAUCACAGAAUGUUUGGUCACUAUUGUGGCUUACUCACACUGCAGGGAAAAAAGUCUCUGCUGAUGCUUUCUCACUGUCAGGGAAAGAUGUGACAGCAGCCUUGGAUCCAGUGUUAACUAUGAAGCUGCCUAUUGGCUUCUGGUAACAGUUGAACAAAGUUAUACAAGAUGAGUUAUGUAAUACAGUUCUGUUCCACCAAUAGGCCCUUGAUUAAAUAUGAUUUAAUUAAAUUAAUUUUUUACUAGCUUGUUUUUACUAGCACAUAAUUAUUCAAUGAUUCCAUUUCUUAUAACCACAUGACAGUAAGAACUGUCAUUGAGGCCCUAGCUGUAGAAUACAUCUAUGCCAAUGGCUUCCACAGGUUUUAGUGGAACUUAUGCAACUUGCUUUUUAAACUCCUGAUAAUAUUAAAAUAGUGACCUCCUUCUAACAAAUUCAAUUUUAUAUCUUUUCCAUGAAGUAGGUGACUAACAUUAAAGAUAGCUUUGGAAAACAUGAAUCUUCAUUCAUAUUGUUCUCAGAAAAAAAUUAAUAUAUAUAUAUAUAUAUUUGUUACUUAUAAAAAUUGGAUUUGCUUUGCCUAGAAAUUUAAGAUGCACUAAUGUCUGCCAAGCCCAAAAUGGUUUUGUGUUUUACAUUGAUGUGAUUGACCUUAUAUUGAGUUGAAAAAUACCCAGUUUUAUAUGCUUAGAAGUUGGUUAAUUUCAGAAAUUUCAUAAUCUCUGAAUAAUUUUAUAAGAACCAAUUUGCUAUGCUAGUAACAAGUGUGCAUGCAUGCAUGCUUGCUUGCCUGUGGUGGGUGGGGUUCAUCCAGCCAGUGAUGGGUGCUUCCUUGUCUGUUGGUUCUACUGUUUGGACAGCCUUACUCCACAGGUCUGACUUGCUGCCUCCUUUAGUAAAUUGCCUUAAUUUUAUUUUCAUUUUGGCCUCAUGGUCUAUGUGACAUAAGAUGAUGAUUUUACAGCUAAUGCAUAUGUCUCUGUAAUAUACCAGUCAAUAUUCUGCAGUUCAACCUAAGUCCUUAGACAAAGCCAGAUCGUGUUUAUACCAACCCUUUGUUUUUUUAUUUAUUUAUUUAUUUAUUUUUUUAAGUGGUGCCAGCAAGAGCUUUUGGAGAAAGGUGAAGGAAGGCCGAGUUGACUGUGUAACUGGGGUGGUGGUGGGGAUGGGAGCUGUGAGACUGUGAUGCAGACCUGUAUAUUACCAAAAGCGAGAAACACUUCCAGAAAUAUUUUUGGUAUAGACUGUUUAAAAAUAAAAAUAAAUUGUAUAAUUUAUUACAUGAAAUAAAUUUUUAAUAAAUAACUGGCAA